AAUUGAAAUUAGUUCGUCAGUGACUUUCGUGCAGUGUGUUAAUAUAGAAAAGAGUGAAUAAUGACUGGUCGCGGUAAAGGAGGCAAAGGCUUGGGAAAAGGUGGCGCCAAGCGUCAUCGCAAAGUGCUGCGUGAUAACAUCCAGGGUAUCACUAAGCCAGCUAUCCGCCGUUUGGCUCGUCGUGGCGGUGUGAAGCGCAUCUCUGGACUCAUUUACGAGGAAACACGUGGUGUUCUGAAGGUGUUCCUGGAGAACGUUAUCCGCGAUGCUGUCACCUACACAGAACACGCCAAGAGGAAGACUGUCACAGCCAUGGAUGUUGUGUACGCCCUGAAGAGGCAAGGCCGCACCCUGUACGGUUUCGGCGGUUAAAAAAACAGUACAGCUUGUACUUCACUCAACAAUCGGUCCUUUUCA